UGCACCAAGAUCCGACCUCUGCCGAACUAGACUCUCGGUUUUCAGACUCGGUUCGGGGAGAUGGCCGCAAUCGCCAGCUCCCUGAUCCGGCAGAAACGCCAGGCGAGGGAGUCGAACAGCGACCGGGUCUCUACUUCGAAACGUCGCCCCAGCCCCAGCAAAGACCCCCGCUCUAUCUGCGAGAGGCAUUUCUUGGGGGUCUUCAGCAAAGUCCGAUUCUGCAGCGGCAAGAAAAGACCCGUUCGGCGGCGACCAGAUGCACCCUCGAAACCUCCACAGGUGUCCCAUAAGGGCUGCAGGCUAGAGCCGCAGCUGAAAGGCAUCGUGACACGGCUGUUCAGCCAGCAGGGCUUCUACCUGCAGAUGCAGCCGGAUGGAACCAUCGACGGCAGCAAGGAUGAGAACAGCGACAACACUCUGUUUAAUCUUAUUCCUGUGGGUCUAAGAGUGGUGGCCAUCCAGGGAGUGAAGAGUGGCUUCUACAUCGCCAUGAAUGGCGAGGGCAUGCUCUACAGCUCGGAGAUGUUCACACCAGAGUGCAAGUUCAAGGAGUCUGUUUUCGAGAACUACUACGUGAUCUACUCGUCCACUGUGUACCGACAGCAGGAGUCGGGCCGGGCCUGGUUCCUUGGCCUCACCAAGGAGGGACAAGUCAUGAAGGGCAACCGGGUCAAGAAGACUAAGCCCUCGUCACACUUUGUGCCCAGGCCCAUCGAAGUUUGUAUGUACAGGGAGCCGUCAAUGCAUGAGAUAGAGGACAAGCACCGCUCCAGGAAGAGCUCAGGGACUCCCACCAUGAACGGAGGGAAAGCUGUCAAUCAGGACUCCACAUAGCAGCGGGGGGAGGGGCUUCCAGCAGGGGGGAGUGAUCUCAUCCUGACUCAAUGGGCGGGGCCAUAGGAAAACUCAUCGCCCCCCCCUAAAAUACGCACCACCAUCCCCUCUGAAAAAAAAGAAGGCGUUGUGGCGAUGAGGAGCUAUUACUGUACACCCAAGACAACAAAAACAAAACUGAACUCUUGCCUGUGAAAAUC